AUGGAGUAAAUAGGAUAUAUCUAUCAUUCUGUAGAGGUGUUAAAUAAAAUAAAGGAGAUUUAGAACUUUACAGAAUUCAUAAUAUAUUUUAAGCACAUAAAAGAAAAAUAAACUAUGUAGAUACUCAUUCUUUAUGUUUAGAUUAUUUUCUUUUAGAUAAUUACAUAUUGCACGAUUCAAAAACUCUUAAUUUAAUUUCAUUAAAGUUAUCUUUUAUUUGCUUUUGUAAGAUUUUCACUUUUAAAUAAUAAUUUCUGGAUCAAUCGAAUUAAUUUAUUUGCUCUGCCAAAUGGUGUUUGCAUUUUCACAUGCUAAUUUAAAAGAUAAAUUAUAUCAAGCUAUUUAGUCGUAUUAUUAUGA